ACGCUACUGGUUGGACACCAUCAUUUAAAUUAACAUAUGCAUGAAAGGCGGUGCGAUGAUACGACCAUGCACUUUUUUCAUGUCGUUUCAUAAGCGCCUGGAAAGCCUAGAUUGGAAAUAUUAGUGGACAAAAACUGCCUUUCUGGAAGAAACACAAGUAGAAUGACUGCCGUCGAGCCCACGGUGGUGACCCAGAGACGCACCAAGGCCAGCGCCAAUGGAGAGGGGCCUAGUGAUGAGACUCGGGGCCAGUGGGGAAGAGCUUGGGAGGUGGACUGGUUCUCCCUGACCAGCGUGGUCCUGCUCCUGUGCUUUGCCCCCUUCAUCGUUUUCUACUUCAUCAUGGCCUGCGAUCAGUACCAGUGCUCUGUCACCGAGCCCCUCCUGGACCUGUACGCUGGCAAGGCCACCCUCCAGUCCAUCUGGAACCGUGCCCCGUCCUUCACCUGGGCUGCCGCCAAGAUCUACGCAAUCUGGGUGUCCUUCCAGGUGGUGCUUUACAUGUGCGUCCCGGAUGUCACUCACAAAUUCCUGCCUGGCUACAUGGGUGGAGUUCAGGAUGGAGCUCGUACUCCUGCAGGGCUUAUUAACAAGUACCAGAUCAACGGUCUGCAGUCUUGGCUCAUCACCCACACCCUGUGGUUUGCCAAUGCCUAUCACUUCCACUGGUUCUCCCCCACCAUCAUCUUCGAUAACUGGAUCCCCUUGCUUUGGUGCACCAACAUCCUCGGCUAUGCCGUAUCCACGUUUGCAUUCGUCAAGGCCUACCUCUUUCCCACCAAUGUAGAGGACUGCAAAUUCACAGGGAAUUUUUUCUACAACUACAUGAUGGGAAUCGAGUUCAACCCCCGCAUCGGGAAGUGGUUUGACUUCAAGCUCUUCUUCAAUGGGAGACCAGGCAUAGUGGCCUGGACACUCAUUAACUUAUCCUAUGCUGCGAAACAGCAGGAGCUCUAUGGUGAAGUGACAAACUCUAUGGUUCUGGUAAAUGUGCUUCAGGGGAUCUACGUCCUGGAUUUCUUUUGGAACGAGGCAUGGUAUCUGAAGACCAUCGACAUCUGCCACGACCACUUCGGCUGGUACCUGGGCUGGGGGGACUGUGUUUGGCUGCCCUUCCUCUAUACCCUGCAGGGCCUGUACCUGGUCUACCACCCGGUCCAGCUGUCCACCAUAAAUGCUGUUGGGGUCCUCCUCCUGGGCCUGGUGGGCUACUACGUGUUCCGCAUGACCAAUCACCAGAAGGACCUCUUCCGCCGGACCAAUGGCAAUUGCACCAUCUGGGGCCGCAAGCCAGCCUACAUCGAGUGCACCUACAGCUCAGCAGACCGCCAGACGCACCACAGCAAGCUAAUGAUUUCGGGCUUCUGGGGCGUGGCCCGCCAUCUCAACUACACGGGUGACCUGAUGGGCUCACUGGCCUACUGCAUGGCCUGCGGGGCAGGGCACCUGCUGCCCUACUUCUACAUUGUUUACAUGACCAUCCUGCUGGUCCACCGCUGUGUGCGUGACGAGCAUCGCUGCCAGAACAAGUAUGGCAAGGACUGGAAACGCUACACCGAUGCCGUACCGUACAGGCUACUGCCUGGUAUCUUCUAGAAUGAACACAGAGGGAUUGCCACAGCUUAUGUGAUAUCCCUGCUGUGUACCAGUGUGAUGUUGCAGGGUUACAGGACUAACAUUAUGUGUUGAAUUGGCUGGGGCAUUUAUUUCUUUGCAAAUGCUUCUACUGUGCUGAUAUUUUCUGGGAACAGUGUCUGUGUGUUUAAGCACAAUUGUGUGUGAGUGCAUGGGUGUCAGCAUAGGUUUCAUUCCAGGUGUCUUCUAAUACAGGACUAAAAUACUGGUGGGGAAGAAGGGUAAAACUGCUGGUUUGGUUUUAGAUUUACCGCAUUAACAUUGACAAUUGCUACAUUUUAUUAUAAGAGAUUUAGGUGGCUAGACUGUCAGUCCUUAUUUUUUAAAACUUGCUAAACGUUUUUUAUCAACUUCAAAAAUAAAUUAGUAAAAAAUGUGUAAACAGUUUAAUCUUUCCUUGAACUUAGUGAAACAUGUGAAUGACACUCUUAUUAGGUUAUUAUAGCCUAAGAAAUGGUAGUGCUCUCCACACACAAGCAGCUUGCAGUCAUUUAAAAAAUGUUAAAAUUGUUAAAAUUCUCAGGUAUUCAAUAAUUGAGUGUAUCAAAGAAACAACUGCCUUACUGCAUACUUUACACAAAAGGAAAAUAGCUUGUUUUGUGAUCCAAGUAACUACUGCAGAAGUAUAUCCAGUUUCCAUCUACAUCUCCAUCUGCGUUCACCAUUAAACACCAUAACAUGUUCACAGGAAUAUUUCUCUUGUGUGUAAUGAUGCUCAUUGUUGGAACUGAAAAAUAUUUUACUUCAUAUCCGAACCUAUGAUCAAUCCAGUGACACAUAACACUGCCACAUUUCAGUGAAUUUAGUCACUGCUUCAAAUGCAGCACAACCUUUCUUUCAAACUGAAAAGCCGGGAAACUAUACUAACGUAGCCUGUAUUUUAAGGCGACCAUCUUAAGUGCUCUAAUAUAAUCACAGUUUGUACUUGUAAUACGUUUAAUGUACAUUUUUCAAAUGCAUAGAAUUAUUAUCUUAACUACAGAUUUGUUAAUGGGGAAUGAUUUAAGAAAGGGAAGUCGGACUUCUGUACGAGGGAAGCACAGCACACCCCAGUAAUUGUGGACAAUGAUUUCUUCAGACUCCUGUAAUUUCAAAGAAUCCACAUUAUUCUAUACCAAACUGCACCAGUGUGAAAGGAUUUUUUCAAAGACAUUUGCUCCCAGUGCAAUAACAGACACUUCUCUUUUCUGAUUAUCUGCAUUUAUAGUUCAGUAAAAAUGGGGCAGUACUGUGGAGUGUUAUCUGAUGUGAAAACUCAAAAUCCCAAAUUCAGGAAUUUGAAGAGUUUCUUAUAUGGUGCAUUUUGCGAUAUUAGGGGAUCUCACUAUAGAGUUAAAAUAACCAGCAGCAGGUGUGUUCAGCCCUUCUUGAAAUUCACACUUGGGAUAGUUAUAUUCUCCCCUUAACACCUCAUUCUCAUUGUUUUUUUCCCCUCACAUGGACCAUUCCUGUGGCUCUUAUGAUGAGAUUGUCAAGAUUUGUACUUUCCAAUGCAUGAUGUGCCUAUGUGUAUGUCCCUGUUUUAGAAAUAAACCAGAAUAUUUGAUACACAA